AUGUUGAAAAUAGAAUCUUUUAAUACUGGCUUAGAAAGCUAUUCAACAUUUAUUUUUGGUCUAAAUUCGAACUCAAUUGAACUCCCACCAUCGCCUUAUGACGAGGAGGAAAUCACAUUCUUCCCUGGCUUUGUCCAAAUUCAAUACAAGUCAUUGAAAUCAAAAUCUUGCAAUUCCGGCUUAAAAGACUAUUCAACUUUUAUCCCUGAUUUAAAUUCGAAUUCAAUUGACCUCCUAUCAUCCUCUUAUGAUGAUGAGGAGGAAAUCACAUUCAUCCCUGACUUAAUCCAAAUCCAACAUGAGUCAUUAGAAUUAAAAUCUUCCAACAACAACUUAGAAGAUCGUUCAACAUUUAUCUCUAGUCAAGAUUUGUCUGAUGAGGACAACUUUAUUACAUAUGACGAACCUUUCUUGACAUUCGAUGCCCCUGAUGAGGACAACUUUAUUACGUACGACAUGCCUUUAUUACAUACGACAAGUCGUUUAACAUUUGAUGAUGACAACGACAAUGAUGACAAUUAUAACGGUGAUGACGAGUAUGAUGAUGAUGAUUAA